AUGUCGGACAGUAUUGGACACGAUGCAACACCGCAUCCCCGGGAUGCAUCCCACAACAAUCACGCCAACAACAGCGACAGCGACAGUGACAAUGUCUCGACCCCUCCAUUCCUCUCCCGACCCCACACCCGUCUGAGCAACUCUGCUGCAACAGCAAGAACCGAGUCUUUGACCGCAACAACAACGACUACGACAACGACUUCUUCUGCUACUACUAAGUCCCGUGAGGCCUUACGCUCCUCAGGCUUUGGACACACCCGCAGCACCAAGGAGAGCAAGUCGUCGUCGUCAAAGUCCAAACACUCUUCAGGAACAGCAGCAUUCCACGGCGAGGACUCUGACAACGACAGUGAGGACUCUGACAACGAGAAGAAAGGUGUUGGUCGAGGACGCAAGAAGAGCGGGAGCAGAAAAAGACGGUUCUCGGAUUCCGCAUCUCACCUGCUGGCUCAGGCGCCUCCCAUCCCAGACUUGAGGUUCGACAACAAUUAUCGCAAGGCCCUGAAUCAGAUCUAUGAGGCCCACGCCAAUGAGUCUGCCCUCGCUGCUGCUGGCUCCACCUCUACUACUACCCUCGACGCAUCCACCACGGACGAAAAGAAGCCAACAUCAGGAGCAUUACAACAGACACAGCAAGGAGGAAAGAGAGUCCCCUCGAUCGCUGCAAGAGUAACGGUGAUGACCCUCCGGGACAUCAUCAUCAUGCCCUUUAUCCACGGCUUCUUCUGGGGAUUCGGAACCAUCCUGUUGACGCUCGUCGGACAACGGAGUCUGGUGUACCAUGUCCAGCGGACUUGGCGUCAGAUCUUUGGUGGGAACCCGGAUGAGGUCGUGAACGCUUCUAGAGGUCAGCCUGCGAGGGUUCGUCGUAUUGGUGGUGGUGGUGGAGGGUUUGGAUUAGGAGGUAUUGGGUUGUCGAAUGCUGGGUCUGCUGGCGUUGGAACUGGAGGGUUUGCCAGACCUGGACAUGUCUAUUAG